GACUUCCUCCAUUCGGACCCACUUCUUCUGUAAUCGAAUCUCUUGAAACCAAAGCAUUUCCUCACUCGGCUCCCAUGGCUCUUCCCUGGAGUUUCUCCCUCAACCUCUGCUUCCUCUUCCUCCUCUUCUUCCAUGGCAGCCUUCCAUGCAGCUCCGCAGCGGCGGCCUCUCCUUUGACGGCUCUCGUCCUUCCUGUGGCCAAGGACGCCGCCACCAAGCAGUAUGUCGUUUCGUUGCAGCACAAGACCCCUCUCCGCUCUGACAAGUUCGUCGUCGACCUCGGCUCCGGCUUCCUCUGGGUCGACUGCACCAAAGACUAUCAGUCCUCCACGUUCCGCCCAGUUCCCUGUGGCGCGGCCACCUGCGCUGCGGCCGGCGCGCUGGGCUGCACCGGCGCCUGCUACUCCCCUCCCAGACCCGGCUGCAACAACAACACCUGCAGCGGCUCCCCUGGCAACACCAUCACCCACCUCUCCACCAGCGGCGACCUUUCCGACGACACGCUCGUUCUUCGUUCCACCGACGGCCGGAGCUCCGGGCCUCCCGCCACCGUAACGCAUUUCGUCUUCAUGUGCGGCGCGACUCUCCUGCUGCCCGGUCUGGCCGCAGGGAGCCGGGGCAUGCUCGGACUCGGGCGGACGGCCGUCGCUGCUCCCCACCAGCUCGCGUCUGCGUUCGGCUUCAAGAGGAAGUUCGCUCUCUGCUUGUCGCCGUCGGCGGCGUCCCCCGGUGUCAUUUUCUUUGGGGACGGGCCUUACGUGAUGCAGCCUGGCGUCGACGUCUCGCAGUCGAUGGCUUACACGAAGCUCCUCUUCAACCCCGUCAGCACAGCCGGCGCCUACUUCGCCGGCGAGCGUUCCGUCGAGUACUUCGUAAAGGUUACCUCAAUUGCUGUGAGCGGGAAGACGGUGCCCGUGAACACGACGCUGCUCGACAUACACAAGUCCAAAGGCGGGACGAAGAUCAGCACUGUGGUGCCCUACACUAGGCUAGAGAGCUCCAUAUACAGUGCCGUGGAGGUGGCCUUUGUGAGGGAGGCGGCCGCGCGGAACAUAAAGAGGGUGGCGGCAGUGAAGCCCUUCGGGGCGUGCUUCAGCACGGCGAACGUCGCCAACACCAGGACGGGGUGGGCAGUGCCGGAGAUCGAGCUGUUCUUCGAAGGCGCGAGUGCCGCGUGGAAGAUCGCGGGGGCCAACUCUAUGGUGGCGGCCGGCAAUGGGGUAAUGUGCCUGGGGUUCGUGGACGGAGGGGUGGAGUCGAGGGAGUCCAUUGUGAUCGGCGGCUACCAGCUCGAGAACAACUUGUUGCAGUUCGAUCUCGAGAGCUCGAAGAUGGGCUUCAGCUCGAACUUGCUGUCCAAGGGGACAAGCUGCGGCAAUUUCAAGCUGUAACUCUGCUCAGAACAUGGGUUAUGGCUGCUAUCCCUCAUCGUCUUCCUCGUUUCGUGAUCCUUUCUGCUGUCUGUUGUAGAUCUGGUUUGUCUUGAAAGACCGGACGUCCUCUUUGUUUGUUAAGCAACUAAACUGUCUACUUCGUCUA